AUCCCUAAAAUUAAAAAUUACGAAUCAUUUCACCGACUUGUUUCUUGUCGUUUUCAAUAAACAAAUCGCAAAAAUGUCGGUUUUAUGCCCCGAAAUUGCACCCCCGGGAUUCUCAUUUGCUAAUUGCAAACGAAAUGCUGUACUCGAAACUAAAGGCUUUCCGGUCCCCAAAGCCACCAAAACUGGCACUACGAUUGUUGGAAUCACUUACAAAGAUGGAGUUAUCCUUGGGGCUGACACCCGAGCCACUGAAGAUACCACAGUCUCUGAUAAAAACUGCGAAAAGAUCCACUACCUCGCCCCCAAUAUGUAUUGUUGCGGGGCCGGGACUGCAGCCGAUACAGAACAAACCACCCAAAUGAUUUCCUCUCAACUUGAACUCCACCGUUUGUUCACCAAUCGAAUUCCACGUGUGGCUACCGCUAACCAAAUGCUGAAACAGUAUCUCUUCCGCUACCAAGGGUACAUUGGUGCAGCUCUCGUCCUUGGCGGCGUUGACGUCACUGGGCCACAUUUGUACUCCAUUUACCCCCAUGGUUCCACAGAUAAACUACCGUACACUACCAUGGGUUCUGGUUCACUUGCUGCCAUGGCAGUUUUUGAGUCACGCUGGAAGCCCGAUUUAGAUGAGGAAGAAGGAGUUAAGUUGGUACGGGAUGCCAUCGCUGCUGGUAUUUUCAACGAUUUGGGGUCAGGGUCUAAUGUGGAUGUUUGCAUAAUAAGAAAGGGGUCUGUUGAUUAUCGCCGAACUUACGAUGAGGCAAACAAAAAGGGGGUCCGUCAGUCGUCUUACCAGUACCCCAAAGGGACUACUUCUGUUUUAAAAAGUAAAGUAAUCAAGGUUGAUGUGGUUGACGUUGCUGUUCAUUCUAUUGAGGCUGAGCAGAUGGAUACGGCUUAAAUUAAUUAAAUGUUUUUUCAAGUAAAUACAUUUAUUCAGUUCAUAAUAAAAUAUAUAAAAAAUGA